CCUGGUUACCGUUGGCGUUUGAGGGCCGUCUCCAGCGCCUGCCCGGCCUCACACCGGCGCCGCCGGCCUCAGGCGGCUGUUUCACACGCGCGCCCUCGCGUCACGUGGGCCCAGGCUCCUCGCGGUCGCCGGCGGGCCGCUGAGCCCGGAGGGAGAAGCUGUGGAGACUGCUUGCCCUCCCUCUGCGCCCCGCGGCGGACUCGCAGAUCAAAAUGGCGAAAGGGGGGUAGCUGGCACCGACCCUGAAGCGAUGGGGCGCGCAGGUGGGGCGGCUGGCGGGGCCCUCUGACUCGGGCUGCCGGCUUCUUCUCGGCCAUUUGAACUGGCGACCCCCGGCCGGCGCCCAGUAGGUCAGACCACGGACUCCGCGGGUCUCCGAGGGCCCGGUCGAGAGCCGGAGGCAAUGGAUGAACAGAGCGUGGAGAGCAUUGCUGAGGUUUUCCGAUGUUUCAUUUGUAUGGAGAAAUUACGAGAUGCACGCCUGUGUCCUCAUUGCUCUAAGCUUUGUUGCUUCAGCUGCAUAAGGCGCUGGCUGACAGAGCAGAGAGCUCAAUGUCCUCAUUGCCGUGCUCCACUCCAGCUGCGAGAACUAGUCAAUUGUCGUUGGGCAGAAGAAGUCACUCAGCAGCUUGACACCCUUCAGCUCUGCAGUCUUACCAAACACGAAGAGAACGAAAAGGACAAGUGUGAAAAUCACCAUGAGAAACUUAGUGUAUUUUGCUGGACUUGUAAGAAAUGUAUCUGCCAUCAGUGUGCACUUUGGGGAGGAAUGCAUGGUGGCCAUACCUUUAAACCUUUGGCAGAAAUUUAUGAGCAGCAUGUCACCAAAGUGAAUGAAGAGGUAGCCAAACUUCGUCGACGGCUCAUGGAACUGAUCAGCUUAGUUCAAGAAGUGGAAAGAAAUGUGGAAGCUGUAAGAAAUGCAAAAGAUGAACGUGUUCGGGAAAUUAGGAAUUCGGUUGAGAUGAUGAUUGCUCGGUUAGACACACAGCUGAAGAACAAGCUUAUCACACUGAUGGGUCAGAAGACAUCUUUAACUCAAGAAACAGAACUGUUAGAAUCCUUACUUCAGGAAGUAGAACACCAGUUGCGGUCUUGUAGUAAGAGCGAGUUAAUAUCCAAGAGCUCAGAGAUCCUCAUGAUGUUUCAGCAAGUUCAUCGAAAGCCCAUGGCAUCAUUUGUUACCACUCCUGUUCCACCAGAUUUUACCAGUGAAUUGGUGCCAUCUUAUGAUUCAGCUACUUUUGUUUUAGAGAAUUUCAGCACUCUACGGCAGAGAGCAGAUCCUGUUUACAGUCCACCUCUUCAAGUGUCAGGACUCUGCUGGAGGCUAAAAGUUUACCCAGAUGGAAAUGGAGUUGUGCGUGGUUACUACUUGUCUGUGUUUCUGGAACUCUCAGCUGGAUUGCCUGAAACUUCAAAAUAUGAAUAUCGUGUGGAGAUGGUUCACCAGUCCUGCAAUGAUCCUACCAAAAAUAUCAUUAGAGAAUUUGCAUCUGAUUUUGAAGUUGGAGAAUGCUGGGGCUAUAAUAGAUUUUUUCGUUUGGAUUUACUUGCAAAUGAAGGGUACCUGAAUCGACAAAAUGAUACAGUGAUAUUAAGAUUUCAGGUACGUUCACCAACUUUUUUUCAAAAAUGCCGGGACCAACAUUGGUAUAUUACUCAAUUGGAAAGUGCGCAAACAAGUUACAUACAACAGAUAAACAAUCUUAAAGAGAGACUUACCAUUGAACUGUCUCGAACUCAGAAAUCAAGAGAUUUGUCACCACCAGAUAAUCAUCUUAGCCCCCAAAAUGAUGACACUCCUGAAGCUCGAGCUAAGAAGUCUGGCUCAUGCUCUGAGAUGCUUCUCGAAGGUGGCUCCACUGCAGUUUGUAUAAGAGAGGCCAAAGAGGAUGAAGAGGAUGAGAAGAUUCACAAUGAAGAUUAUCAUCAUGAGCUUUCAGAUGGAGAUCUGGAUCUGGAUCUUGUUGGAGAAGAUGAAGUGAAUCACCUUGACGGCAGCAGCUCCUCGGCCAGCUCCACAGCAACAAGUAACACCGAAGAGAAUGAUAUUGAUGAAGAAACUAUGUCUGGAGAAAAUGAUGUUGAAUAUAGCAACAUGGAGCUGGAAGAGGGGGAGCUCCUGGAAGAUGCAGCUGCUGCAAGACCUCCAGGUGGUAGCCAUGGCUACAUGGGUGCCAGUAGCAGAAUGUCACGAAGAGCACAUUUAUGCUCUGCUGCUACCAAUAGUUUAUUAGAUAUUGAUCCCCUAAUUUUAAUACAUUUGUUGGACCUUAAGGACCGGAGCAGCAUGGAAAAUCUUUGGGGCUUACAGCCUCGUCCACCUGCCUCACUCUUACAGCCUGCAGCAUCAUAUUCUCGAAAAGAUAAAGAUCAAAGGAAGCAGCAGCAAGCAAUGUGGCGAGUGCCCUCUGAUUUAAAGAUGCUGAAAAGACUCAAAACGCAAAUGGCUGAAGUUCGGUGUAUGAAAACUGAUGUAAAGAACACACUUUCAGAAAUAAAAAAUGCUGCUGCUUCUGGAGAUGUGCAGACAAACCUUUUUUGCGCGGACCAGGCAGCUCUGGCUGCAUGUGGGCCUGAAACCUCAAGCCGAUUGCAAGGCUUGGGAAUGGAGCUGUUGGCGAAGUCAUCAGUGGCUAGCUGUUAUGUACAAAACUCCGCAAGUAAGAAGAGUAAUUCACCUAAGCUAGCUCGGUCCAGUAUUGCAGGCAGUCUGUCGCUUCGGAGAGCAGUGGAUGCUGGGGAAAACUGCCGUUCAAAGGGAGACGGCCAGGCUCUCUCUGAAGGCUCCCCGGGCAGCUCGCAGUCUGGGAGCAGGCACAGUUCUCCCCGCGCCUUGACGCAUGGCGUUAUCAGCGACAUUCUGCCCAAGGCAGAAGAACGGCAGUGCAAAGCCCUGGAUUCCCGUGCUGUCGUGGUUGCCGUGUUCAAUGGCCUGCCUAUGGUAGAGAAGAGGAGGAAAAUGGCUUCUUUGGGGGCUAAUGCCAAAGGAGGCUGUUUGGAAGGCCUGCAGGUGCCAGAUUUGGAAGCCAGCUCUGAAACUGAGGAGCUGCAGCCCGUGCUCCCUGAAGGCGCCACCGCUGCCCCGGAGGACGGAAUGAGCAGUGAUAGUGACAUUGAAUGUGACACUGAGAAUGAGGAGCAGGAAGAGCACACCAGCCUGGGUGGAUUCAAGGACUCUUUCAUGGCCCAGCCCCCAGAUGAAGGUACACAUUCCAGUUUUCCUGAUGGUGAACAAAUAGAUCCUGAAGUGCUCAGCUUCAAUACUGAUGAAAACAGUGGAAGAUAACUUGAUUUGAAACUGGCACUGCACCUGCUGGGGUUGUUAACAAGAUCUAGGCUUCAGAAAAUGACAGAAGAGUGAGGUCCAUGUAUGGGGGCAAAGCAUCAAAUGGUGAAAAGAUCCUAGGAUUAAGGUUGGAGCUAUGUUUACUGCUUUUCAACCAUGUGUCUCAACACAACUUCAAAAUCAAAGGAAAACAAAUACUGAAAAUCUCUACUUUCAAAUUUUAAUAAAAUCUGCAGAAUAAUAA